AUGUCGGAGGAAGACAAGAGUGCGCCUAACAAGCUGCCCGUGGGGCCAAACAGUCCCAAGCCAGAAUCGCCCACGACUGCGCGUCCUUUGGAUUUUGAUGAUGAACCUCAAGAAACCGGUGUCAUCAAUACUUCUGCUUCCUCAGGAACUGCUCAGCAAGGUGAUACGGAAGCUGCCCCGCCAAAGCCCCCGCGUCCAUUGAGCCCCCGACAACAAGCCGAGAACACCCUUAAAGAAGCAUUUCCGACUCUCGACGCCUCAGUUGUCAAAGCUGUGCUGGUUGCUAGCAACUGGAAUGUGGAGCGGGCGUUCCAUGCUCUUCUGGGCAUGACCGAUCCUAACGCGCAAGUUGAAGACGUACCCCCUGCAAAACCACCCCGGCCAUCUGCGGCUCAAAGACAAGUGGAAGCGGAUGAGAUUUAUGCCCGUCAACUAGCGGAACACUACAAUCGCCGUGUGCCGCAGUCCCGCUGGGACGAGGAAGCUCGCUACCGACAGAGGAGAGGCAGUGACGCAUCUGAGGAGAGAGAUUAUAGCUUUUUCGAUGAUGAUCUCCCUGUCAUCCGUGAAAACCUUCGCAAAGGAUUCGAGGACACUCAGACGAAGGUCAGUUCGUGGGUGCAGAACUUGAAGAAACGUUGGGAUGGUGAGGGCAUGGACGACGAACAGUCUGGUCGAAGUUAUGGCGAGGAACCAAAUUAUAGUCGACCAAGGCGAAGCGGAGAUUUGGGCCGUCGCAGUGGGGAUCGCGAACGGUAUGAUGCAGACCCUCAGCUCUUGGAUGAUGACUUUGCUGCUCUUGAGCUGAGAGACUCCGAAGCUCCGCCCCCACGUCCCCCAAGGCCGCUUGCCAAUCCAGAUCUACAGAAAACUUCGUCUUCCUCACCCGACAGGCGAAAGGUGUCCUUCCAGGAGGGUCCCCCGACGGAGAUUGGCAGUUCCCAAGGUGCAUCCGGAUCGGCUAAGCCCGCCCCUCCUAGCAAACCGAGCAAGUGGCAGCCUUUGACUACAGUUGAGCCUUCCCCUGUCGGAGAGCAUGAUCCAUUCAGCCUUGGCGACAGCGAAGAUGAGAAGGAUACGAAAGCCAGAGACCAGAGCACCACUGGUGAGGGCGAGCAGUCUAAGAAGGCGACGGUAGAGGAUGACAACAGCAAGGCAGAGACAGGAAAGUCAUAG